AUGUCAAAAAUGAAUGAAGUUAUAUCAACAUCAACUUCUGAAAUCAAAGUUUUUUAUUAUAUCGAUGGUCAAGAUACACCUUAUUUAACAAAAUUAAAUGUAACUGGUUCACCACCUAUUGGAAAAGUUAAAGAAGAAAUUAUUGAUGAUGAAGAAAUUUUACCAUUUGAUACACAAGAUCGUAUUGUCGCUUAUCUUGUUUCCAAUGAAGGUAGUACAAUAUCAAGUGGUGGUGGUGGUUUAGGAGAAAAAAAUAAACAUUCCAAACAUCUUCAUCAUCAACAAGACUAUAGAAUAUUAACAUCAACACCAAAUAGUUCAUUUAAUAUUCAACAACUACGUUUACAAUCUGAAUUUGGAGCUAGAUCAUUUUCAAGUAGUAACUUGGAAUCAACAACAUCGUUAGAUGAAACGGAAAAUGAUCAAUAUUCAAAAAUUACUGAUUCAACAAUAAUUUCAUCACGAUAUCAUGGUAGAAAUCGACCUCGUGGCAGACAACAUCAAUUACCAUCAGGACUUGAUCAAGUACUGUUCUCUAUUCUUUCUUCGAAUUUUUUUAUUUAA